UUUCACACUGUCCUGGGGUUUGCUGUCGCAGUUAGUGCAAUUUCAUUUCAUAUUGGACUUAUCCCGCAACAUGAAGCAUCUUUUCUUAUUAUUUUGCAUCCGUUUGUUCGCUGGUUGUGGUGCAGAUCUUAUAAGAACAAGAAAAGUGUCUGCAGUUUUCUGUACUUUCAAAGAGAAAACUUACAGUCCAGGAGACAGCUGGCAUCCUUAUCUGGAACCCUUUGGAUUCAUGUUUUGUAUGUGGUGUUCCUGCACUAAGACAGGCCAUGUGAAAUGUAACACAAUAAAGUGUCCCACUCUGCGAUGUGAGAACCCAGUGACUGACUCACAGCAGUGCUGCCCUCGCUGCACAGAUGAGCCUAGGAUUCCGGCUGGCUUGAGGGCCCCAGUGAAGUCCUGCAGGUAUAAUGGAACCAUCUACCAACCAGGGGAAACCUUUGCUAACCAUGAUCUUUUCCCCUCUCGACAAACCAACCAGUGUGUGAUGUGCACAUGUUCUAACGGAAAUAUCUUCUGUGCUCUGAAAACGUGUCAGCCCCUGACCUGCUCCUCACCAGUGUCAGUCCCAGAUACCUGUUGUCUGAUGUGCAGAGAUGGUGGCAUCAAUGGCUACUCGUCAGUGGAGGAUGGAGGGCAGCAGCUGAACAGAGGCGUUAGGCAUUCAGUAGACCACUGUGUUGAGGAUCAGCUCCGAGGGCAUUCCAUCCACUCUACUCCAUCCACAGUGAGGGGUACUCCCAGAGGCCUGGGCAUACCCAAACUCUACUUCAAAGGUGCCUCAGAGACCACCGUCAACUUCCUGCUGCAGAAGAAGCAGCAGAAGGCAUGUCAAUACAGCGGUAAGACCUACUCUCACGGUGAUGUAUGGCACCCGGUCCUGGGGAAAGUUCUAGAGUGCAUUCUGUGCACCUGUAAGGAUGGCACACAGGACUGCAAACGCCUCACAUGUCCCAGCCAGUAUCCAUGCCAACAUCCCAUAAAGGCCGAGGGGAAAUGCUGUAAGAUUUGUCCAGAACUUAAAACCGAGAGCAACAGGACUGACUGUUACAUGAACAUAAAUCUCGGACAUGACAAUAACAAACUCUUGGUGUACAAAGUUAAGCCAUCGUCAAAGGUUCAAACAGAGGACACCGUUAGGAUAAUUGCUAUUGAAAGACAAGGGACUGCUGAAGUUGAAGUGCAAAUAUGGAAGACAGUAGGAGGAGUUUUACAAUUAAUGGAAACUGAGGAUGUUCUGAAGAAAGACCUUAUAGACAAUCCAGAAAACUACACCUUACUGACAACAUUAGACGAAGUUCUUUGUUCCUUUUACACAGAGACUUGGAAACGAUUCAAAGAGGAAGAAGACAAUCAGAAGGAAAUUCCCAAGACCACGAUCUGUGAGGAAGGAAUCAGGGAGGUAGUCAGGUUUUUGUACCCAGACCAACUGGAAAGCCAGUGCUCAUCUUAACUUUCAUCCCUUGCCCUUUGAAGUUACAUUCACAUUUCUACUGAAGACAUUGAUGCCUUUCAUUAAACAUAAAACAGAGUACUGCUCAUUGGUUAUAGAAUAACAAGCUUUUGUUUAUUUAAAAAUAUCACCAUUACUCAUAAAAAUGUAAUGUCCGGUAUUAGAAAUAAUAGUCAGCAGUAGUAAUCUGGGCAGCAGCAUUUUUUGCUAACAUUCCACUCCUGUCACUUGGCCAAUGGUAAAAAUGUCAGUGGAACUCAACCAUAUCAAUGUGAAGGCCAUGAAAACAAAUGGGUGAAAGAUGCUGUGGGCGAAAUAAUCUCCUUGAUGCACAGCAGCAGCAAAAUGGGCCUACCAUUAAGCUUUUGUUUGAAUGUUCAUUUCACAUUAUGUUGAGGUAAAAAUUGGUGUACGGCGCCUGUUUGAAUGUCUUCUUCAAUAUAUCUUCAUGUCAUUCUCCACAAUUAAGGGCAAACAGAAAUCCUACCUGCAUAUACAAAUAGGAAGAAUUAGCAAUGACCAAUACUAAACCUGAAAAGACAUCUUAUAAAUGUUACGCAAGAAAAACAGUCAAAGACGUACAUCCAAAAUGGAAGUGAAUAACACCAUUGGGGGUCUGCUACAGUAAAUAAAUCAUAAUGGGUUGACACACAUAUAUACAUUGGUAGAUCAGAGUUUGUGACUGUGUCCAUCCAUCCUCCACGAUUUGUGUUCCAUUGACCUCUUUACCACAUCUAUGACAUGGAGUACAGGGAAUGAAAUGGAAUCGAAUAGCAAAACAGAGAAAGGAAGAUGGGCCAAUUUGGAAGUUGAAGACAAACAUUGAAAAACAUACUUAAUAUUAAUUAUAGUUGUAUCGUUGUUUUGGAUUGGACAUACUGAAAUACAGUAAAUCUGGUUUUAUAAAACAAACAUAGGUGUAUAUAAUAGAAAAAUACAAUGGGCUAAUUAGGCUGCCAUCUGGCCAUAACACUUUUAUUGAGUAGACACUUUUUACAAUCACUUUACUGAUCUACUGCUGUUUGAAAUUAUAUCCCUUUUCAGAAUGUACCGAGAACUAUUAAUCAACAUAUUAUUGUAAAUACAAUGCAAUACAAAUAUACUAUCAGAUAUUGUUUGGAGACAGACCGUAUAACUACAGACCAUUGGACAUGUUUGUUUGUACAUUAUGUAUACAUUUGAGUGUGUGCUGGAAGGUGUUUGCUUGAUACAUCACCAAGGCUUCAGCUCAGUGGGCUACACAUUUCUGACUUCUGCAGAAAACGUGGGUUUCAUAUUACCCUGAAAUAGAGUGAGUAUGUAUUUUUGUGGUUACCUUGGUGAAAAGACAAUCUAUUCUUCUGUAAGAUGUUUAUCAUGAUGUUCAGACAGUUUUGUGAAAGACAGUAUUUCUCCACAGGAUUUUGUGGGAUUUCAGUACUUGAUGUAUCUUCCUCCUUUGCAAAGUUUCAAGGCAUUCUUGCACGUAAUGGCAAGGCUAAUGGUUUGAGCCAACCAAAAAUAUGAUAUAGUUGAGCUCUACCUGAGGCAAGAAUUCCUGCACAAGACAGGCUGUGGUUUUUCCUUGGACUAUACUCCAGGGAACAUCACUGACCCCGGGGAUUUUAGCUUUAUAAAUUGUGACUGUAAUUUAGUAGUUUUAUUCCAGUGUAUAGUCUGUUUUGUCAAGGGUUAUAAUGGGAUGAGUGGUACAAUAGAGCACUGUUAAUUUGAUAUAAAUGUAGGUCAGGAGUUGGAAGGACACCAACAUUUUCCAAUACAGAGAACUGAAAAACAGAGGGCUCCGUGAGGAAUAAUAUUGAAAAAUCAAAAUAAUAUUGAUAGUGGCCCCAGUCUUUUGAAAAAAACGUGUAAAGACAACUGCAAAAUGCUCGUGAAAUAGUUUGACACAUUUAAUUAUUUACAGUAUGUGCAAUCUCCCAAACCCCAGAAAAUAAGUCUUUAAAAAUGGAGGACAUUAUUGGAGUGUUUUUUUUCCCAACCACAUCAAAGAACUAUUAUGUCAGGCUGAUGAGAACGCACGUCAUUACUGUUCUACGCACAUCGAGAUAGUUGGCUUGUAAUCACAUUCAUCUGAUCUCAUGUUUUCCUUUGAGUUGAGCUGCCCUGUGAACAGCUCGUCAUCAAGCGUGUUUGGGUCAACAGGUGUGAGAUAAGUGUUAUAGUCUCCGAGCCAUAUUCAGUGCACUAGACUGGAGCCAUAGACAGAGUCUUAUCGAUAUGUGAGCAGUGCACAGACUUGUGAGUAAUAUCCCUCCUCUGUGAACUCCAACAGUCCGGUCUCUCCCUUCACAGCCACAAUGACUCAUUGUGUUGGCCUCACACAUUGGGCCAGACACGGCUGCCCAUCUCUCACUAAAGGCCUGACAAAAUAUUUUGAAACAGAAGCCCCUCAGUUGUAGACCUCAAUAGUUUCACAAUGAAGCUGUGAUUUAUUUCUGUGGGCUGUUGGACUUGACAGUUUCUGGCAAUCUUUUCCUGACAGGUUCAAGGUGGUCUUCUUCAAUAAUAAAAGGUAGAUGUGUCCCUUUCCAUUCCUCCAUUAAAUAUAGCUUUUUAUCUUCCAACAUAAUCAUGUGAUAUAAUUAUUUGCUUUUGGCCAGAAUGCUAAUUUAAUAUUUUAAGAUGUUUUGGGCAAAAUAAAUGUAUGGAAAAGAGGUUGCAAUGUAUCGUUUAAACCACAUUUUGUGCAUCAUUUUGCCAUGAGUAAUAUUUUGAGGAAGUAUCUUAAUCCCAGAUUACAAUUAAAAGUAAAGCACACCUCACUGGUGUAUGUACAGGACAGUGAAGGGUGUGCUUGCAAAUUCAGCUCAUGAUGCUAUAUCCUAUGAUGUGCUGUUGGAAAGCCUUGAAACUUUUACCAUUUAUAUGGUGUGUUCAUUUUCUGAGUGGACAUUUCAAAUUCCCCCUAAGUAGCGUUUGGCCAAUUCAUCUAUGCAUGCUUAGUCUUGGCUCAGACAAUAGUAACAGCUGGGGGCAGUCAGUGGGUAUAAAUCAGAUGGUGGGGUCAGUUCUCUGUAGGAGCAUGUCUACUCGGCGCUGCUGCCCAUUCUUAGAGAAUGUCAGACCAGGAAAUUCUCACAAAGCUGAAGAAAACCUCACUAGAUGUCAUGCAGAUUAAGUAUGAAUCCAAGUAAAAAUGUUUAUUGUGCUCAGUGCGAUACCAUAACCUGCGUAUAUAUGCAUUUCAAAAUCCUCUCUUGUCGUUUAAGAGUCUCAACGUGAUAUGAGUAUCAACCAUAUAAAGUCGUAGCGUAUACUACUAGAUGGUUAUAUUGUAUGGGCAGAAUGUAUGGUCCCAUGUGUCUUAUUAUCCUAAGUACAGACCUUUACAGUGGAUUAAGGGUGACAGUGAGCUGUUUGCUGCUAUAGCUUGAAGCAGGUGAGGAAAUAAAUAUCAGAACUAUCUGCUGCUGGACUGCUACACCAUAUGGCGCCUCAGAGAUACUGUUUGGAAGGAACUGAAGCAUUGAAAAUCAAUCAGGCGGUGUUUUGAUUCAAAGCGAGCCAAAUUGUGUUAAGUUAAUUAAGUAUGAUAGAUGUGUUUGCUUUCAAAGCUGAUUAAGGUGUUCAAGAGAACCCCUGAGUUUAUGCUUCAUCAAAAUACUUCCGAAAUCUAUUAAGGGCACUGUUUUUUACACCGUUCCCCUCUCCUUAAUUAAGUUGGCCCCGAUCAUUUCAGCUGAUGAUCAGGACUGUGCCAAGAAAAUAUGGACAAUACUGGGAUUCAUGUCAUAAACACUUCAGUCAUUAAGCACCCUUUCCUGAACCCCACUGUUUGAGGUUGACAUUUUAAACACAUGCUUGUAAUGAAGGCAUGAUUGAUAGACCAAAACCAUGUCUUAAAUUAAGAAUUUUCUUCAAUCGCUGAAAUGAUUCUUAUUCCAGGGAUUAAGGAAGAUGGAGCAGAACUGUUAAGUUAAGGAGGCAUCUAUUUAAAAUGUGGCAACCCCACUCCAUCCCAUUCUCCUGAAGAUAACAUGCUAACAUGUACAUGUAUCCAAAAGACUAUGAUGAAUGGGGACGAUCUUGAAUGAACUCAUUUGGCACAUUGAUUAAUGAGGAGUGUUGGUGAGGUAAUCAGCUGCCUGGCCUCAGAGCCAAAUGUUUCAGCCUCCAAACACAGAAGAAUUAUUCAACAACUGUUAGGCCUCAAUUUAUAUCCAAAACAUCUCUCGGGUUUGAUUACAACGAUUACACCAGAUGUGGAGAUACUGGCGCACAGAGAUACACUGAAAUGGACCAGAGGAUAUAAAUUCCAGAAGGUUCUCAGAAUCCACAAUGCCUUCCUAACAAUGUCUUGCCUAUCUUUUCUUUUGGACAGAGAGCAGAGCGAUUCUCUGCUGCCAGAGUCUAUUAUAUCACAAAGACCUACUAGGAGCAUGAUAUAAAAACUGUUUUCAAUUAAUAAUUUAGUUCUGAAGAGUUUUUCAAGGAGUGAAAUAAUGGCAUAAUAAAAAGUAAAUUGCAAGCGAAUGCUUGCGUUUAAAGGUGUUUGUUGAUAUCAGUCUGAGAAACUCAAAAUAGGAAUGAGAACAAAAACAGUUGCUCUGAAAUCCUUAGUUACAAUUCUCCUUUAAAAUCAAAGAGUAAUGGGUUAAAUAAGGUAUUAUUGGCAGUAGGUGUUUUUAAAAUCUAUUCAGUUAAAUCAAGAAGUUAAGUAGUAAUUGUUCUAGUAGUCCUAUCUGCUGUAUUUGCACAGUACAUCUAUUACAGCAUACUUUAUUUUAGAUUACUUAAUACUUAUUUUCUGCCAGGUCUUAAAAUAAACAUAAAUAUAAUCCAAAACAGUCUUUUAUACACAAAAACAAACAGGGGGCAAUGAACCAUCUAACAGUCUCCAGAUGUGCUCUGUAAAUUGUAAGAUUUCAUGUAAUGAUGACAGAAAGCAGUUAAACACCACUCAACAUAUUUAUUCUUUGUAUGCAAGAAAUCAAUCAUAGAUGUUUUUGUAUAGGCAAGUGUUUUUUGUAAUCAUCUGGCUCCUAAGAAUAAAAUCAUUUUGAACACUUUUCUUUGCUGUAGACUUUGUAGGUACAUUACCAGGCUGUCUUUCCUACAAUUUUGGGGGGCUUUUUAGAAUAUUAAUGUAAAGUAUGCUUGUUUCUUGUAAAUAUUGACUGAGAACAAAUGUUUACCAUGGAAAACAACAUAUUUAAUGUAUUCCGAGACUGAGAAACAAUCUACAACCCAAGACUUGUUGAAAUAUAAUGUGGAAUCAUUUGUUAUGUAUGUGCUUAAAUUGAUUUAUUCCACCUGGGCUAAAAAGUGCAUUCCACAUCUGCCUAGUUGGAAUAUAAUUGCAAUUGUAAGGUGGGCGGGCUCAUGAAAUCGAAAGAACCAUGGAUGGAAAGAGAAGCCAUGUUCUAGAAAGAACAGUUUCCAGUUUUAAAUUGCAUGGAAGUGUUGGAGUACAUAUUCAGCACAAAAUUCAGGCAAUGAAUUUGAACUAAUUGUAUUUACAUAUCGUCUUUUUACCAACUGAGGUACUAAAAGUGUUUUACAUAGUAAUAAACCUCACCUCUUGUACCCAACUGGGUGAUGCAUGGCAACAUGGAAUGUGGGGGAUGAUUAGGUGACCAUGAUGGGACGAAUAGGGCCAGACACCAGAGUUCACACCUGUACUCUCCUGAUAAGUACCAUGGGAGUUUAAUGACCACAGAACAAGGGCACACUUGCAGUUGGGGUGGUAGCAGUGUGUUAACAGUUGGGGUGGUAGCAGUGUGUUAACAGUUGGGGUGGUAGCAGUGUGUUAACAGUUGGGGUGGUAGCAGUGUGUUAACAGUUGGGGUGGUAGCAGUGUGUUAACAGUUGGGGUGGUAGCAGUGUGUUAACAGUUGGGGUGGUAGCAGUGUGUUAACAGUUGGGGUGGUAGCUGUGUGUUAACAGUUGGGGUGGUAGCAGUGUGUUAACAGUUGGGGUGGUAGCAGUGUGUUAACAGUUGGGGUGGUAGCAGUGUGUUAACAGUUGGGGUGGUAGCAGUGUGUUAACAGUUGGGGUGGUAGCAGUGUGUUAACACUGGUCCAGAAUUUGGGUGUACAUUGUUAUCUACUCUCUGAGACAUAUUAAGUCUAUGAGGAUUUUUUUUACUUAUAACUAGAAAAUCAUUAAGUGAACAAAUUGAAUUUGUCAUCAUGACAUCACUGCAUAUCAGUUCUUAAUAAUGUAUAAUUAUAGUACCUUCUACAGGGUAGUUUGGGGUAAGACAUACCCCUAAUUUUUGACACAAAAAAGUGAUUUUUCAGUAUGUUGAAGAUAUGCUUGAGGUAAUGGAUUAUAAAGUAAAAUAAAUGGCUACGGGUGACUGAUUAAUUUGUAUUUAAUCAAAUGUCAUUUUUAGGAAAGGGGCAUUUUUUUCCAGCUACUGGGGUAAAAUGCCCCCCAAUGGGGUUAGUUGCCCCCCCCCCCCGGUAAUAUUAUCCCAAUAGAAGAUAAUGCCUUAAGGUUUUAAAGAAUUGGCCGUUUUUUUUUACCCCAGUUUACCUUUUCCUUAAAUGCCAUUUCAUAACAGAGAAGAGCUCGUUACAAAACAUUCUGCAUCCCCUUCUUUUAAGGUGUUUAAGGUUUUGGAACCUGGAAUCACUUUUUUCCUGUUGUUCCUGACAGCCUUCUUCAGUCUCAUAGGUUUCUUUCUCCUUUUUACCUGCAUGCCACAACCCCAACAGCAUUUAAUUCCAGCUAUGUGUUAUAGUAUGCAACCCACAGUCCCUCCCUCACACCAACAGACCUUUCAAGAGAAACCUGGAAAGUGUCAUGUUUCCUCAUAACCAAGACAUGAAAACCUGCCUCCAUUUAGAUGAUCCAAGGCCUGUUUUUCCAUUGCAUGUGUUUGCUCAACAGUUGCUUUUCACACAUCCAAACAAGACAUUGUACUGUGGGGUCAUACACAACAUGACUCAUUAUUCACUAUUAUGAAAUAUUACCAGUGAUGUCCAUUAUGUUAACAAAAAGCACUUCACCCUUCAAGUUUGUCUUCAAGCCUAAGGUUGGUUUAUAUUCAUAUUUUGAUUCAAUGUUGGUUUAUGUUCAUAUUUUGAUUCAAGGUUGGUUCAUGUUCAGAUUUUGUUGUGGGCAAUCAAAGCAGAAUGAGUGUACAGCACAUUGUCUCUGUUUAAUUGAUUAAACAUAUCCAAACAUU